UUUCAAUUAUAUCAUAUAUAUAUACAAAUUUACACUUGCUUCUUAAAAACUUAAAAUUAACAUCUGAGACAAUCUUUUAACGACGAAUGAAUGAAACAUUUUGGCCAUUGGGCUAGUAAAUCAAAGGCCCACCUUAAACAUCAAACUUCUGAAUUCUGAUUCUCUCUUUCUCUCUCCUGUUUGGGUCUUCUCUUCUGCUUUCUUCACACUUUGCGCAUCUUCUUCUCCGGCGAUCCCAAAACCUCCAUUAACGGACCUUCUUCUUCUUCUUCUCUGAAACUCCAUCUUCAACAACCCUAAUUUAUUCUCGUACAAUUUUUCAUUCUCUCUCCUCUUCGAUUCAUCUUUGAGGAGGAUUGAGAAUAUUGAGGGAUGAUUACGAGGCAUAAUCUAGCGGAGCAGCUCAGAGAGUACCAGGUUCGAUCCAAACAUGAUUGGGCUUCUGCUUCUUUCUUCUCUUCCACUUCCAAUUUCACUUCUAGCAGGGUGGAUAUAGUGAUCUUCGUGAUUUGGGAGCUCGUCAUUCUUGCAUUCCUGGUUUUCUCAGGAGUCUCGCUGUAUUUCAGACAUGUGCAACUUGCGUUUGUUUUGUUAUGUGUCACAUUGUUGCUACUUCUGUGCAUGAAAGUCACAAAGCAAAUACGUUUGGCACGUAAGAAGAAACGAAGGAUGCUUCUACCAUUAUCAAUGUAACGUCCUUUAGGAAUAUUCCAUCUGUAAAAAUGUGAGAUUUUACCCAAUUUUAUUGUUCAAUUUUGCUCUUUUUUUUUUAUUGGCAUCGGAGUUCAUUUAAAGCAGCUAAAGUAGAUGGUAGUUGUGAUUUGUGUCAAUCUGAUGACCGCCAAGAGAUCUCAAGCCUGCUAUAUGAAGCAAUGUGUCACAAAGCAAAUACUGUGCUGCGGUCUAGUAUUGUCGCAUUAAAUCUGGACAGUCGGUAUUGAGGCAUUUACACACACUAUGGGUGGCUACUAUGGUCCAUGAACUUUGCAUACAAAGGGCUGUAAGAUUGUGGAACUUGUACACAUCACUGCACAUUACAUAAGCCAGGGGCAAGUUAUUCUGGUGUGUUAAAAUUUACAAUGCUCAGUUAUAUCUGGUUAUGCCAAGCUGUAUUCUGCUGCCUAAUUUGGACAUCUUCCUAUUGCUCAUCUGGCUUGAAAAAAGUGGACUGGCAUCCCUUUGAUAGCUAUACUCCAUAUGGCUCCAGUCACUAGCAGAAUGCUCAGAAGUAUCCCAAAACAUCCUAGCCCCCAGUUAAGGUACCACAUAAAGCCGAACUCUCGGGGUUUCUUGAUCUUUAUCCACAUGAAACAGGGAUAUGCUAGGGCGAGAGGCAGAGUUAGGCCUCCUAGAAGACCUGCCAAACUUGGCAAGAAUGGUACUGUAAAUGCUAUGAAGACUGUUAAGCAUCCGAAGAAGGCCCUGAUUCCUGAUCUCAACCAACGAGGGCAUGAUUUCUUCUUGCUGCUUGUGAACCGGAACUCCAAAUUGUCGAACACCGGCAUUGCAUAUAUUUGGAACGAGCUGAGACAAUGAAUCACGAUGAGCAGGCUUGUGAGACACAGUAGAAACUUGGAAGUGUCGUGCCCAUGGUAUUCAUACAUGACUUUUAUUAGCCCUUCAUUUGUAGGUAUAAUCUAUAGCAAUAGAAAACCAAAUUAGCAAAAAGGGAAAGUUGACUUCAAGCAGGUUCUUGUAUUGGCUGAGUUAAAUUUCAUCUGGUUACAAAGUGUUAUAAACGGAACUGCGGGAACAAAAACAGUAAGAACAAAGUUACCGAAAAAUAGACUGAGUCGCGGACUAUGUCGCUUUCUUUAGAACAUUCACGGCACUGCCCUGGAAAGGUGCAAGCAGUUCGUACUAAACCGGAUGUUCCCCAGGAUAAAACAGCCUUUCUCUAUUGAAAUUAUACCGGUGGAACUGCACAAAACCACCGGGCAACUAAACACCCAAAAAGAAAAGAAACUGCUCGAGGGUUUUGUUUUUGUGAGGAAAAAUAGAGAGGAGAAGAAGAUUGCUGUUCGUAUUUUUUGUGUAUCAAAAACAGGAAAUCAACACGCCUUUUAUAGGAAAAAUUGCAACGUAACUGCUGCUGUUUAAUUAGGCACUAAUCACGCAAUUAAAACGGUCAUAAG